ACUGAGCUUUUUGAUUCAGCAGACGAAUGACAGCCUACAGGAGAAGUAAACCUCUUAGGUAAUAAGUCGGUAAGAGGCCGUGACAUUGCUUGUCCUGUCCCGGUACUUUAUCAGUUAGUACGCAGGACUCAAAACGAGCCUAGCCAUGGAAUUACACCAAAUAACUAUACUCGUGCUGACUUUAGCGUCUUCAAUUUUCUCAAGUAAUGGAAUAGACUUCGUUUAUCAUCCAUAUGAAGACAUGAUAAAACUACUUGAAGAUGUCACCAACAGAUGUCCCCAUAUUACGCGUUUAUACGAAAUUGGCAAAAGUGUCGAAGGGAGGAAGCUAUACGUCCUUGAAAUAAGUGACAAUCCCGGAGUGCACGAAAUAGGUGAGCCAGAAUUCAAAUAUGUAGCUAAUAUGCACGGGAACGAGCCUUCCGGACGCCAGUUGCUGCUAUACCUUGCACAAUACCUUUGUGAUAAGUAUCUAGAAGACGAUAGUAGAGUAAUAACCAUCAUCAACAGUGUUAGAAUCCAUCUGUUGCCUUCUAUGAACCCCGAUGGGUUUGAAAAAGCCUGGAAAAUAUAUAACGAAACAGGAAAGGUUCCAUCGCUAUAUGGAAGAAGUAACGCCAAUGAUGUGAAUCUCAAUCGGAACUUUCCUGAUCUGAACGCCGUAAUGUACGAUAACGAGCGUAGUGGAGGACCGAAUCACCAUCUGAGACCAAGGAUACUACCUGCAGAUAUCCAACCAGAGACUAUAGCCAUCAUGACGUGGUUAAGAAUGUACCCGUUCGUACUCUCUGCAAACAUGCACGACGGUCAGAUGGUGGUCAACUACCCGUACGACAAGUCCCGCGACCCGAUGGGUCGCUACUUCUAUAGCAUGUCUCCAGAUGACUCUGUCUUCCGUCAUCUUUCUUUAGUAUAUUCAAAGAAUCACGAAACAAUGAGUACCCGGCCUAAAACAUGUUUCGGUUACGGAGAAGGGUUUCCAGAUGGGAUAACAAACGGCGCUUCGUGGUACAGUGUUGAAGGAGGUAUGCAAGAUUACAAUUACCUUUCAUCGAAUGCGUUUGAAAUCACGCUGGAACUUGGAUGUAAGAAAUUUCCUAAUGAAGAAGACCUCGAAAGUAAAUGGUACGCUAACAAAGAAGCAUUGUUGGCGUACAUAGAAGCAAUACACAUGGGCGUAAAAGGAAGAGUUACUGAUCUUCAAGGCAACGCGGUUUCAAAUGCCGUUGUCAAAGUCACAGGUCCAAGGUAUCAACACGAUAUUACAACAGCUGCUGAUGGCGAUUAUUGGAGGUUGUUAAUUCCAGGCGCAUACUCCUUAACUGUUGAAGCUCCCGGAUUCAAGCCACUCAGUGAAUCGGUAACCGUGAUGGAUAGUGCGCCAACUACUGUAGACUUCGAAUUAAUAAGAGAGGACGUUAUCAUACCUGAAAGUAGGCCUGCUGUCAAUAAAGUUUUCUCUCAAAAUGACAAAACAGUCGUUGAUGGUGGCACUACAGAGACUGAUCAAACUCAUGUGGAGGUAGUUGACGGCGUUAAUCAGGACAAUCACAUUGUAAUCAGCAGUGGUAGCAGUACUGGUAGCAGUACUUCAACAGUUACGACCGAAGUGGCGACUAAUCAAAGGGGAAACCAAAAUGCGUUAGGCGGUAAAGCAUUAAAUGGAGGAAGAGGGGGUUCCAGGAAGGGUAACGGAGGUCGAAAUUGGGGAGCAAUAACAGUGAAUAGAGGAGAUGGGGAAAGUAGUGAGGAAAUACUUAACACCUGGCCACAACAAAUCCGUAACAGAUGUAAUAUAUACAGUAUCAUACGAAGAGGGUGUCGCAAGAAAUAUACAUAUCCAUUUUACUCUGUGAAUGAUGCAAGCAGAUUCAAGGCCAUUCCAUGAAGGACACAGUUUAUCAAUGAGUACAAUAGACUGAACCUGCUUAUUAUGACAUCAAUGCUUUUGCACACGAUACUUAUCGGUACCGAAGAUACAGAAUUUCGCAAAUUUGGUAAUGAGAACGUACGCGUUGAAUGUGACGUCACGGAUGUAGUGCUUUUUUAUUGGUGGGAAGUAGGGCAAACCGCAAUUGGCCACACAUUUUCAGGCCGUUCUACUAAAACUGAAUGGUAGGCCUAUAAAAUAAUAGGUUUGCAAUUGAAGUAUUUGAUACUAGACCUACAUGCGCCGUUCAGUGCGUUGGUAUCGAUAGGUAUUGUGUGCAAACAUAAUGAUGGCGCAAUUUAGUCUGUUUAGUUUAAGUAUAACACAUCGCUAACAUACCAAGCAAUAUGUCGAUAUGUACUAUGAAGCUUUAAUCAAGUCUGCCUACAAUAGUGAAAAAUACUGCUACUUUCUUAGUCGUAUAUUCUGUGAUCAUCACAGAAUUCUAAUGGGGUUUAACACGGUGCCUGACGUUUCCCCAACCGCAUGUAACCUCCAUUGUAUUAUUAGGUUAGGAGUUUUAGUAAUAUCGAUUAAUAUCAGUUUAUAUCGAUUAAUGUAUUUCUAUUGGCGAUUUUUUUUACUAGGCCUAGACCACUAUUGAGUGUGUACUAUGAUACUUGCAUAGAAUCAGUUUGAGUAAUUGACAUUUCAUACUGAAUCAUUUAUAUACAGUAGUAAAUGAUUGUGUUUUGUAUUAUAGAGCAGUGAUAAUCAGAUGUGUAUUCUGACUGAGGGACUCUCAGAACUCAGAAGAUAGCAUUAUCUGACAAACUAUGACGUAGCUUCCAGGAUUUCUUAAAUCCGUAACUGGCUACAGUCCAACCACCUUUUGGCUUAACUUUACGACAAAAAUGUAGGAGUUGCUGCUUCUUAAGCUAGUCUUGAUUUUGCAAUUUGUUUUGUACUACUUUUAUGAAUGUAUUUCUAUGAGAUACUAUACACAAAUAUUAAUUAAUAAAUAAAUAUUCAAAUACACAAAUAAAGCGGCACUGCAUCUACACAAGCCUAAAUCUGGGUACCCUCUGCGCCGGCCGGACGCAACGGGACGUGAGGCACGCAAUGGAUCAUUUUUAAUGACGAUCUGUUCAGUCUGUCAUCGACAGUAAACAGUGUUGUGUCGUCAAGCAGUCACAGAAAGUUGGAGGUGGAUCGUUGGCCGACGUUCGUACGACGCACUGUGUACUUGCAUAAAAGAACAAGGAACUAACCCUAGAUUACGUCAUCAGUACAUUAUGGCUGUAACGCAUUACUCGUUAGGCAUUACGCGCUAAAGCGUUGAUGACGUAAUUAAAGGGCGUUAUUAGUUUUAUUUUUUCACAUUAUAGUAUGUUGCCUUUUUCGCAACAUCCGAAGUGAUGUUUCAUUGAUUUUGUAUUAUGAUAUUAAAAUAAAAUUGUUUAUAGAUAAUUAAAU